GUACAGUCCACUCAACAAAAGGAGCUACAUGGACUAUGAUUCAAUUUCAGAUUUAAUUACAUACAUAUUUGUGACAAAAAAUGAAUGGAGAAAAUCUGCUCACUUUUGCCUUAUGGAUCAUAACACUGCGUCUAAUAGCAGGCACUGGUAAGUUCAGAGCACAGCUAGAGCCUAAAGUGGCAGUGAAACAUGUGAACGAGAGUUUGGAGCUCGUGUGCACAGCACUGGACUGUCCAAGUGAAGCCACAUUCACAUGGAAAAGUCUAGGGGACAUCUCAGUUGGUGGAGUAAUGAAAAGCAACCAGACGACCUCACACAAGAUGUAUAGCCACAUAAGGACAGAACACGGGAAAACAGUUGUAUGCCAGGUGGAUUGUGGAGGGCUAAAAGAACAAAGGACAACAAUAAUAGAAGUCUACUCAUUUCCUAGCGACCCUGUGAUAUCCCGCACGAACAACUUGACGCUCAUGUGCACGUUUCCCAGCGUGUAUACCUCUGAAUUUUUUAACCUGCAGUGGGUGCUUGGGGACAAUGUCCUUAAGGAUGAGGAAAUAACAUUUGAUGCCUAUAAAGGAGUCCAGAACGUCUCAUCUGAGUACACAAUGAGCGAUAAGUACUUGGGGAAGAACAUCACCUGCAGAGGCGUGCUGAAUCUGAGGGGGAGACCGGAAGGUCAAAAGGUCCGUUCAUUCACAGCUCAGUAUGGUCCAGCAUUCUUCAACAUCUCCAGUAACACUACUGUGAAGGUUGGAGAGCGUUUGGAGCUGAGAUGUGAUGCAGAUGGGCAAUCAGACCUUACGUGGAGGAAGUUAGGAAAGAGCGAGGUGUUAAGCAGAGGCAAAGUGACUGUGAUUGAAAAUGUCACCUGGUCCGAUGCAGGCAUGUAUGAGUGUGAGGCGAGCACUAAACUGUUGAGUCUGCAGGCCAAAGUGGGUGUAACCGUUCAAGGUCCUCCAAACCUCCCCAAGUUUAGACUAAGCUCUGCAGGCAACCCAAGAGCAGGAGACUAUGUUACCAUAACCUGUGAUUCAGACAGCGUCCUUCCAGUAGAGCUGACAAUAUCUGGGGCCUCACUGAAUCAGGUGGAGAAACAUAGUUCUUCAAUAUCUAUAAACAUUCCCUCAAUUCAAUUAAAAGAUUCUGGGCUUUACUUCUGUGAUGCAAAAAAUGAACUUGGCAGCAAGAGAAGCAGCAUCAACAUCACAGUUCAAGCUCCUCCCAGGAACUCCACAGUGCUGGUAUAUCCAUCUGCUCAGGUGAUGGAAGCUCAGAACAUCACAGUCCACUGCAGCACUGUGAGUUUCCCUCCAGCCAGCAUCAUUCUGAUGAGGGAAGCCGAUGGGUUUCAGGAGUUCAGGUCUACAAACGGCACCUUCCAUCUAUUCAACCUCAAAUCAGAGGACAUGGGAACCUACAUAGUCAACUUCACCAAUGAACUGGGUUAUGAAGUCCAGACCUUUGAACUCAUUAAAGGUCCUCCAAACCUCCCCAAGCUUAGACUAAGCUCUGCAGGCAACCCAAGAGCAGGAGACUAUGUUACCAUAACCUGUGAUUCAGACAGCGUCCUUCCAGUAGAGCUGACAAUAUCUGGGGCCUCACUGAAUCAGGUGGAGAAACAUAGUUCUUCAAUAUCUAUAAACAUUCCCUCAAUUCAAUUAAAAGAUUCUGGGCUUUACUUCUGUGAUGCAAAAAAUGAACUUGGCAGCAAGAGAAGCAGCAUCAACAUCACAGUUCAAGCUCCUCCCAGGAACUCCACAGUGCUGGUAUAUCCAUCUGCUCAGGUGAUGGAAGCUCAGAACAUCACAGUCCACUGCAGCACUGUGAGUUUCCCUCCAGCCAGCAUCAUUCUGAUGAGGGAAGCCGAUGGGUUUCAGGAGUUCAGGUCUACAAACGGCACCUUCCAUCUAUUCAACCUCAAAUCAGAGGACAUGGGAACCUACAUAGUCAACUUCACCAAUGAACUGGGUUAUGAAGUCCAGACCUUUGAACUCAUUAAAGAGCAACAGACCACCACAGCCAUCUUGACAAAAACCAUUGUUCCUGCCGUGAGUUCCAUGUCCCUGCUGACCGCUAUAGCUCUGCUACUAAGAUACCUGAGGAGAACCAAAAGAAAAUCCAGUGAUUUUAAUCUGGGUGAAGUAUUAGACAUGUAAUCUCAAGAGUGGGGCUGACAUGCUUAUUACAGGUUCACCAGUUUUGAUGUAGACCAUAUAACCAGGGUUGGUGUAGAAUUGGCUGGGUAGAUAAAACUGGCUGGGUGGGGUUGGGGAAUAUGGAGUUAGAGGGUUAGAAUAGGCCGGGUGGGAAUGGGUGGGUAAAACUGGUUGGAUGGGGUUGAUAUAUUUGUACCCAUAACCGAGAGAGUAACUACAGCUGUCUCUGCUCUCUCUAUCUACAUUAACUUUAUGAAAAUGAGCUGAGCAUCGACCAAUCAGAUUAUGGUCGCACAUCUAGUGGGAGAUUAUUACAGUGGUUGAAAACAUUUCCUGUGUCCCUGCUGGGUGGAGCACAUUUAUAUA